AGGCAAAGCAAAAGGGAAACGAGAGACGCACAAGCUGGCGCAGCCGGCAACGAUGUCGGUUUCGCGUCGGCGCUGUCGGCCCUCGGUGCACGGCUGGCGAUGUUGCCACGUCCUUUUCUCUCUCUCCUCUCCCCAGCCGUGGAACAAACACGUCGCCCGCCGCGGAGAGCUGGGAACCACGAGGAGAGGCGAGAGUUGGCCGUGGCUGUCGGGGAUCUCGCCAGUCAGUUUUUGCCUCUGACACGCGACGGACGACGCUGGCUGCGUCGCGAUGACCGAGUGUGUCAUGUGACACGCGGAGAACGAGAGUAACCACUGGUCGCUGCGGCACACAAACACAGAGACAGAGACAGACGGACGGACGGGGAACAGUGACAGACGCUCCGAUUCUUCACAGGGCCAUUGCCGCGCGCGCGAGGCACGGGAAGAGAGAUAGAGGCAGAAAGGGUGGAAACAGGGGAGAAAGAGGGAGAGGGAGAGAGAGAGACUAGGAGAGAGAAAGAGAGAAGACAAGACGACGCAUAACGUUCGAAGGAUCCAGAGAAAAGAGAGGAUUUUAGGGAGGAAUUGUGCGUAAGGGCGGGCGGGUGCCUGCCUGCCUACCUGCCUUGGCUUGCUUGCUUGCCUGCUUGCGAGCGUGAUUGUGUGUAUGUGUGUCCGGUGCGCGCGUGGUUCUUUGAAUGCGUGACCUCCUACUCCUCGUGCAUGCGGUUUCUCCAUUCACGCGGCAAAGUAGUGUUGUUCGUCGGCUAGCCCGAAGACGUGUUACUACGGCUCGAUGGAAACACUGUUGCUAGACGCGCACGGGCCUAGAGGGUGACGGAUAUAUUACGUGUAUGCCGUAUUAAAGACAUACACACCGAGUCGGUCCCCGUCGAGAAAAGAAACUCCGGAGCAACGAGUAACCGAGAAGGCGGCCGUUCCGUCGGAACCCGUCCACACACAAUUAUGUUACCGGCUCCGUUCGGUCACAGCAGCAACACCACUGCCGCCGUCGCCGCCAUCAACAAACCCAGCGACCUCGGUACGUCCGUAAGACACUGGCCCGGAUUUUUCGCGAACGGUUAAAAGCAACCACCUUGCCCGGACCAGUACACCAGGUGGUCUCUCUCGGUCUGUCCCCCUUUCUCUCUCGCUUUCUUUCUCCUCUUUCCUCUCUUUCUCUCUGUCCGCCGACGGGUUUAAACUCGUCCGAGAGACGGACGACACACACGUACGCGAAGACGAAACAGGCGCGAGCUGUCGCCUCUUGGUCCACGGUGUAGGGAAUAGGAACGUGUGCUGCUGACGGGAUAAGAGGGACUUUGUACAAGAGAGUCCCGCGAAUGUGACUCCGAGUGAAAGUGCAAGAGGAUCGAACGUGGAAGAGAAGCUCGUGGCUCGACACACGGCGCAGGAUAAAGAAGAGUAACCGAUCUCUGGAGGAUCACCAGUAAUCAGGACAUGGGAGUUGUUGACUGUAUGCGUGAAAAUCGUCACGUAACAGGUCAUAGGGAUGAGGGAGCGGGUUUUGGCUCGGGACUCGUGGUGGUGGUUAAUCGUUCUACUGGUAACAGUGCACGCGGCGUACACGCAGGAUCAGGACCGGUACCAGCAGCAAAUCUCAGGAUACACGACAACGCCGACGUCCCCUGUACAAUGUGCCGCGGGUUGCGAGUGCGUGGACGACGGCAGGAGCUUGCUGUGCGAGGACCGAAGCUUCUUCGGCCUCGGGCUGCCAAAGCAGGCGGUGAACGUCGCUUUGAAAAACGUGCGGGCCGCCACCAUUCCGGUGGUGGCCCUGGAAGCUUCUUCCAACUUGAAGAGCCUAGUCUGGUCGUCGAGCGGGAUCGAGCACGUAGAGGCGGGCGUGUUCCGCGCGACGACGUCCCUGGAGCUGUUGAAUCUAGGUGACAAUAGGCUGAUGGAACUGCCGUCGGACGUCUUCCAUCCGUUGCGCCAACUUCAGUACCUGAACCUGACCGACAACCGGCUGCCCGUGAUCCCGCGCGCGCUGUUCCACGGUCUGGAGAGCCUCGAGGGUGUCACCCUGUCGCGGAACAGGCUGUCGCGGCUUCCCUACCAAACGUUCGCCCCGUUGAAGUCGCUGGCGCGUCUCGAUUUGUCCUGCAACCUGCUGGUGUCCCUGCCGGAUCACAGCUUCAGGCCCAACCGGCGGCUACAGGAGCUGAACCUGUCCCGCAACAGGUUGACCAAGCUUCCGCCCCGCCUGUUCUCCGGCCUGGCGCAGCUCAAGUCCCUCGACUUGGCCAGCAACGAGAUAGAGACGAUCCCGCGCGGCAUGUUCACCGAUCUGUCGUCGCUGCAGCGGCUGAACCUGGCGGGCAAUCCUAUCGGUCGUCUGUCCGGCACCACUUUUCAGGGCUUGUCCAACCUCAGAUGGCUCAGCCUGGAGCGCCUGCCCAUCACCGUGCUUCCAGAGGGUCUGUGGCAACCGGUGAAGAGGCUCAAGAGCCUGUCGCUGUCCGGGGCGAGGCUGGAGAUCCUGCGGAACGACGACCUUAAGGGGCUGGACGAACUGGAGACGCUGGAGGUCAGCGGGAGCCCGCUGCGCGAGAUCUCGAGGUGCACUCUGGAUCGCACCCCGGCCCUCCGCAAGAUCGAUCUGCGUGACAGCAAUCUGACCUUCCUUCCGGCGAACGUCGCGCAGCUGGCCUUUCUGGUCGAGCUGCAGCUGCACGGGAACCCGUGGGCCUGCGACUGCCGCAUGUUCUGGUUCGUGAAAUGGGCCGAGAGCAAGGAACACCUGAGGACCGCGUUCCGCAGCGGGUUCCGGUGCGGCGACGACGAGAUCGACGUAGCCGGCGAUAUCUUUGACACGCUGCGCUACUUGAACUGCACCGCGCCGGUGUUGGCGUACCGGACGCCCGCUCAGCAGCACCUACUCUUGCACCCGGUGCUGCUCGAGUGCGAUUUCAACGGCAAUCCGACGCCGUCUCUGACCUGGGUCACGCCGAAGCUCCAGGUACUGCACUGGAACCCAGAUCCAGCGUUUCCCGACGCUUUUGUCGAACAUCCUACCGUACACCGCUGGGAACAAAGCGAGCCGUUCGUUGACGAUGGCCGUGUGCGCAUCCUCGAGAAUGGAUCUUUGUACAUCGCUACGUUGCUCAGGCAGGAUGUUGGACAAUACAAGUGUUUCGCGGUAAACCCGAUCGCCAAUGCGACUACCUAUAUUAGUUUGCAGAUGAAUCCGAUCACGUUACACAAAAUCAAGAUCCUCAGCAUCCUCGUCGGCGCCGCGUGCGCCACCGCGUUCCUACUGUUGACGCUUCUGGUACAGUUGCUGCGUUAUCUUCUCGUCAGGUGCGGCUGCCUGAAUUGGUGUUCGUGUUGCAGACGCGUGGGCUCCACGCCCCGGGCGAAGCAAAUUUAUCAAAUGCUGGAUAGCAUCGAGCAGUACAAGAGCCAACAGCUGGAGAAGCUGCGCGAGAAUUACACGCAGCAAGUGCACAGGAUAAAAGAGAACUGCGCCCAGCAGGUGGAGUGGAUACGCGACAACUACGAAGGCCAGAUGAGGCAUAUCAGGGACAUAAGGGACUACGGGACGACCCACCUCACGGCCCUCAGAGAUCAGUAUUACGAUCAGGUGAGAAAAGCGAGGGACUACUCUACGAGCCAGUUGAACUGGGUACGAGAGAACUAUGUCUUCCAACGGAACAAGAUCCGAAAGUUCAGCGCGCACCAGGUGCUGAGGCUGCGCGAGAGCUACAAGUACCAGCAGCAGACCCUGAACAAGGUGCUGGAGAACCUGCCCAGCUUCUACUUCGACAACUGCCGGAGCGGAUCCUGCGGCAAGAGCGACUCGAUGGUGUUCGACGCGAAAGAGGACGGCUCCGUCCGCGAGGACACGUACUUCAAGGCUAAGAUCAUCGAUUUAUCGAACGGGGCGAGCCUCGAAGACGUGAACAGCGAGUAUUACACGCCGACGGAGCUGUCCUCGGUCAGUCCGCACGUCUGCGGUAACGUGCUGGAGGGGAUUCACAUAAAUUACAUCGAGGAGACGGGCCCGCCUCCUCCGCCGCCGCUGAUGAACGGCAUGGCGGCGCAGCAGCAUCCGAUCAUGCUGCACAGCAUCGACGAGGACGGCAGCACGCUGUCGGUGUACAGGGACGCGGACCAUGUCAAGUCGGUCUUCCGCGGUAUCAGCACCGAGGUGAUCACGCGGCAGCGCAGGGAACCCCCGGAGUUCCUCGAUCUGCUCGCGCCUAGCACCAGCUUGCCGGACCUGCCGCGCGAAACCAAACUCUAGACUCUAGACGCGGCUCUCACGGACACUGAAUCGAACAGAGAAACAACACAGACGAACGAAGAGACAGGACAUUGUCGGCCGACGACGAUUCGCUCACGAGAACGUACUGCCAAGCUGGAUCGUUUACGCGCGAGACAGAAAACGCAUACACAGAAGUGCCUCCUACGCCCGGUAAGUGUGGAUGUAUACGCGUCGCCGGUGACCGAUCUUUUACCCGACACUUCGCGAUACCGAGAGCUAGCGCUGCGUUCUGCUGCUCAACGAGAGACGUCUCCGCGAGAGAGCAAACGCGCGCCCUCCGAGAGAGCGAUCGAAGGAAGAGCGUACAAGCCGCCACCGAACCAGCAACGACAACGGCCACGCCGACGAUAGAACGACGGUCGAUCGGCCGCGCGGUCGUGUUCGACGGGAAGCGAUACACGUCGAGACAGCUUCCGGGGAAUGUUCCGUGAUCCGACGACCUUGCUACCUGUCCGACUGUUGUCAACCGUGUGCUCGCCGCGUGUCUUACGGGACGAUUGACGAUGAUCGAUGGGUCUUUAACCUUUUAACCGAGUGUUUGGCAAACGCGAACGUUUUCGAGCAACGUUCGCAUCGGCGCGAACGAAGGGUUCUUUGUUGAAUGAACGUAACUGGGGAAGUCGGGAGUCAUCCCCGGUUGGAAGGUUGAAACGGACUGCGAGAGGAGAGAGUUGCGAGAGAAUGUAGCGUUACUGCCAAAUAACAAAAAAGCCAAUGUCGCUGAGGAAAUUGAGAGAAAGAGAGAGAGUGAAUGAGUGAAGACGUGAGACCCGCGGCUGCGCGAAACGGUAGCCACCUACGGAUUGUCAAUUCUUUUCUGUCGGAGAACCAGCGAGAAUGUUCCUCGAUGUCGCGAUCGAUCGAGCCGCUCAUCCGGCUGUUCUAUCCUCCGCGGACCGCGAGACAACCGAACGAAAGACUGAACCGAGCGAAACCGACUGAUCGAUAUUAACGAUGUCGAGAACACGAUCAAGCACGCGGUGUUUGCUGUUCCUCGACCUCUCCGCCACUGGCUUUCUUUCGUUCCCCGACCUCGACCGGAUUGACAUGGAGCCACCGUUCUCCAUCCUCACCCCGUUUAACGACCGUCUGGACGCGCCGCACAGACACGCGACGCUUCUCCGACCUGUUCCCCGUUUGGCGAGACGAGACUUGUUCGAACGAUAGAAAUAUAUAAUUAUUUAAAAAAGAAACACCACGAAGCGUCAUUCCACGAUCAGACGGGACCGUGUCCCUGAUCAUCGACGAUGUUCCACGCAGCCAUCCAAACAAUUCAGCGGGCAAACGAUUCGAUCUUUCGAGGGCUUCGGACCCCCGCGAGGACGAUCGUAACGAAGCAAUUCGUCCGCGAUUGAUUUUCGAGCAUAGGAAUUCCCCGAUUAUCGCGACUGAUUCGCUGAAAUGGUACAGCGAACGAUUCAAGGAAGACAACGGUCGAAUCGUCGCGGAGAAUGAUUAAGCGUAACGCGAAAAAGAGGCGAGCGGAAUCGGUUAGGACGAUUGACGGACGAGCCGUUCGCAGGCGUUAAAUAGAAGAAUAUUCUAAUCGCGGUAAUCGGUCGUCGCGAAGGUACGAUAAUGACUCCGCAAUUUAUCGUUUAGAUAGCUCAGGCUAUAUACCAGUCGGGAGCGAUUUCUUUUUUCCCCUCCACUUCCCUGCCUCGUCUGCCUCUGUGUGUGCGUGUGUGUGUGUGUCGCUGCAUGCGUGCAUGUUUGCGUGCCGAACGAACGAGUGCUGCUGCCGAUUACUCGCGCGCGAUGGAUGUCCGCGGAAGAUUCCAGGUGAUUCUCUCCCGGCGAGAAAAGGAAAACGAACCCGAGUCCGCGCUCCCGCUGAAACGGAACGGGACGAACCGGAGCGACGCGCGAGCUUCGAGUCGGGCAACCGCGUUCUCCGGUUUCGACGGUACCUCGACGCGCUGACUGCUGAACGAGGGUCCGAAUUCGGUCGAAGUGAUUCGCUUAUUGAAACAGAAGCUGAAAAUUCACAGUUACUGUUUACCCUAUUCUAAGGUUCCAUAGGUAAUGAUUUACUCGUGGAAACAAACGCUGGAAACGCUUCGCGACGAUUGCUAAUUUCGAUAGUCUGUUUCAUAGGAGAACGGUUGAUUCGUCGAGGCGGAAGAGUCUAGAUCCGCAGCGAUCGCUAAUCGUAAUAUUCCUGUUUCGUCGAUAAACCGACUUAUCGAGAGAAAAGCUGAGAGGUCUAGGUCCUUCGCGGCGAUUGCUAAUUUCGAUAGUCUCCUGUUUCAUAGGGAGAACGAUUCACUUAUCGAAGCAGGAGCUGAAAAGUCUAGAUCCUUCGUAGCGAUUGCUAAUCUCGAUAUUCUUGUGUCGCACAAAUAAAGUGAUUCACUCGUUAAAGCUGAAGCUGGGACAGUCUAGAUCCUUCGUAGUUGUCGCCAACCUUAACAUUGCGUUUCACAGAUCCGAGAAAAUUCGAGUCGUUCGAAUAGGCGAACGAAUCGGAGAGCAAUUCGGAACAAUGCGGGAAUGAAUUUCUCAAGCUGUACGAAACGUUGCGUUAUCGUGCUCGGCAGUCAACGCGUUAGCUCGCGCUCGGACGCAUGUAGCCGCCCGUAUACUUUCGAAACGGCUUCCGCCGCGUCGCGCGUUAUCUACGCCUAUCUGACGGUUACCUUAUCUCUCCGCGAUUAGACGGGACGGGACGAAAAACACGGAACGAACGGAGACAAACAGCGGGACGAAGGCGAGACGCGAGCGCGCCCGAGGAUCGCGGCGAGUUAUUUUUCCACCGACGUUUACGGCUUCUCGAUUGUAAUCGCGCGCGAUUGGGAGUGCCGAACACAGUAUAAACGUGCACCAAAAAGUUAUGUAAUCGCCCCGGCGUUUCUCGCGCUCUCGAGGAACAGCUGUUCGCGCGAACAUUGUACGGUACGACCCGUUCGUUGCGGGAGUUUUUCAGUUUACCGAUAAUUUGAUAGUUCUCGUUUGUCUAUUCUUUCCCCGACGAGCGAGGUGUAUCGUAUUUUAAGUUUGUCCUGCGCAGGCACGAACGAUGCGAGCCUGAUCAGCGUGAACGUUUGUUGAACCCCUUGUUCGAUGCUGUUGCGCUUCGCUGGGCGUUGCUUUACUCGGACGAAACGCGUAGGAAGCAAGAGUGCUGUUCAACUGUUUUAGUCGGAAUUUCAAAAUUGUUUUAGCGGACGCUCAAUUCCACGGCUGUAAAACACUGUAAGACACCAAUGGGCUGUAUAGAUCCAUCAACGACGAAGCGACGAACUCGCUAAAUAGGAGUUAAUAAAUUUUUCCAACCCAGAAACGAACUGCGAUCGUGAAUCGAUGGGACUUCGGUGUGAUCAAUGAAAGAAUGCACAAUAUUCCUGUUUUCUAAUUUCUGAGAGUUCUCUUAGUUUCGAAAUGUUUCGAAUGUUUCUAUAAAUCCUCGUUCGCGAAGUGGACGUUGAAAAACUUAACCAGUUAACCGUGUCUGACGAUAUUCGUUGCCUCGAAACCCAAAACAAUACUAGUUUUUCCAACGGUUAAUUACUUUCUCAAUUAAACGCGUGAUCCUUUUUCGUUCUGCUUUAGGUUCUUAUUUUAAUAUAUAUUAGAUGCAUUUGUCCUGUGUUCGAACAUAUGUUCAUUAACUGAUCUAAUUACAACACUAGUGGCUUUUAACACUAGAACCACCGACCCGACAAAAUGGCGGCUUCUAGUUCCCUUACUCUCCUAUUAGUGUCUUAUAAGUACUAAACAUCCGAAAUGUUUUAGGAAAUAAACAAUUUCACUAAGUUUACGAAACGCCUUAAUUCAACGCACAUUAAAUUUUACAAAUAUUGUAAAUAUUCACGUCGAUUUCGACAGAUACAAUUACACUGACAUGUAUAUCAUCUAUUACCGAACUAAUCUCCAAGAUCUAAACGAACAAUUUUUCUAACAAUAGAAUAAACUACCACAAAUGCCGUGAAGCUUCUAAUUAAUUACUAUACAUCUGAAAAAAAUUAAAAGAAAUCUAUCGCUAGAAUCUUUACAAGGAUUACACAACCUUGAUAAACUCUCGGUAGUUUAAAAUUCAAUUCCACGGUGAACUGGUUAAUCAACGCCCAAAGUAAAAAGUCUCGGGAGCAACGCAGGCUAAUUGCACGAGCUCGCGUUGUUUACGUGGAAUAUUCAUCCUCGGUUCAGCGGAACGUCUUUGAGAAACUACAGGAGAAGGAAAAGCGUCGGCUAUUAUUACAAUUCCAUCGACAAACCCGGCGGUUUGACGCGCGCAAACAAUUUUUUUCGUAUCUCCGACGAGCCGACGAGGCGACGCGAGCGAUGCCUGCGAAGCAUCCGGGGCUCUAAUUAGGUUCCCUCGUUCCGCGGGACUUCGAAAUUCGAGGUGACACGUAUACACGAGAGUUUCCGAUUUUCUUUUCUUCCUCGUUCCAUUUCCCUCCUUUCCCUGCCCCAUUAUUCUUCUCCGAUCCCCCACCAGCGACAUCGUUGCUCAGAGCGCGAACCGAGGCGACAGGCAGAGUCUGCGUAAAGCUACGUGCACACCGGAGAGUCGCUCGCAUCGUUAACACUAGAACUACCGAGCAUUUGAUACGGUUAAUAUGCGAUUCCUAUAAAAAUUGUAACGAUAGAUUACUUUCAGUUUCUUCAGACAUUCAUUGUAGUACUGAAAUGAAACUAUUUACAAAAUCAUUUCGAAUAUUCGAUGCUUCGAAGAUAAUAAACAAAAAAAUCGAAACCGGUCAUUUUGACUAGUAGUUCUAGUGUUAACUAGAUGAACUCGGGUAGCGAUACUUUGAAAUUCUUUCGGAAAAUUCCUGUCAAUAAUUAAUGAGAACACUUUUGGUAGUCUUUAGAAUCUCAAUUUUCUUUGGUUUAGGUUAAUGCUUAGGAAAAUUGACGUUAUAACGUUAACACCUUUAAGCUGAUUUGACAGAACUUGUGUAACGAUACUUUGAAAUCCUCUCGAAAAGUUCUUGCGAGUUGUACGAUUAACAGUAUUCUUUAGAAUUCGAUUUCCUUUACUUCAGUGCCUCGAUAUACUGAAUUAUUGUGUCGUAGGAAUAUUAGGUUAAUAAAGUCCUUGUUUUUAGUUAAUAAUCGUUACUAAAUUUUCACGUUUCAAGCUCGAUACACUCUCUCUGCCAGUUAUUUCUGCCAUCGUGAUCGUAAACAGGAAUAACCUAGCGCAGUAUAAUAUGAUAAAAAAUGUUCUCACUAUUAGAGUACUAAUAACUUGUCGUUAUUAAUUACUGCAAUUACUACGGUACAAUAAUUCAUUGGAACGAAGUAAGUUUCCAAGCAACACUCGAUCAAGUCUCCCGUUCCGCGAGCGAGAAUAAUUCCGAACAACGGUAUAUCCACGGCAAAAAGUAUCACGACCGCAGGGAGUAACAAUAAAAUAAAAUUAAAAGACUCGCCGUGGGAAAGGACUUUGUUACCAACUUAGCAAGUCAUCCACUAUUUUCUUUCAUCCGUACGAUCACCGUAACACGUCGUCAACCGGUGAUCCCAGCUAGAGACGUCCUAAACAUAGAUAAACUUCAGGAAUUUUGUUGUUAGUAAUUAUUAAGAGGAACUUCUGAUUCUUCUCUGUUUAUUUUCUAUUUAUAAAUCCACAAAAAUUGUCUUCGAAUGUUUCAUGAAAAGGGGUUCUAAAGCUGCGAAUAUCUGCGCCAUUUUGUAACACUGAGGCAUAGAAAAAAUAUAAAUAUUAACCACAUCACAGUUACCCAGAAAAAAUCAGAAGCUUUCUCAACAGUCAUUAACAAAAGAAUUCCUAAAGUUUAUGCUGUAGCUUAGAAAAAACAUAAAUAUUAACCACAUCACAGUUACCCAGAAAAAAUCAGAAGUUCCCACUCAACAGUCACUAACAAAAGAAUUCUUAAAGUUUACAUUGAGGCUCAGAAAAAAUAUAAAUAUUAACCAUAUUACAGUUACAUACCCAGAAAAAAUCAGAAGCUUUCUCAACAGUCAUUAACAGAAGAAUUCCUAAAGUUUACACUGUGGCUUAGAAAAAACAUAAAUAUUAACCACAUCACAGUUCCCCAGAAAAAAUCAGAAGUUCCCACUCCACAGUCACGAACAAAAGAAUCCCUAAAGUUUACCUAUGUUUAGGACAUCUCUAAGUGGGGUCCUCCCUUAAACGCCGAACUUCCACAGAAAUUCCCCAAAAGUUCACGCGUCGAAAACCGGUGAAUCCCCAAUCCGAGCGAAUUAUUUACAAACAAAUACUCGCACGGAGUUCAACAAUCCCCGGUAAAUUACUUAAUUAGCGCACCCGAUGUACGAGGAGGCGAAAACGAGCGAGCGUUUCGGUGAUAAUUAAAAUCCGGCCGGGGAGAGAAUAUCGCGGAGUUGGCGCGGGAUUCCAGUAAACGCAAUUACGGGGCGAACGGGACGGGUCGAAUAGUUUGUUUUAAUUUUGCUGGUCAACUUUUAUACAGAAAAAGGAAAGGAAACCGAUUCGUUUCCUCUCUCCCUCUCUCUCUCUCUCUCUCUCGCCGAUCCCGCGCGCCGUCGCUGGGUGCGACGCGGCGCCGCGCAGCGCCGGUAAAACUCGCUCGGCUGCAUCGCGCCGCAGAAACUCGCCCGUCUGCACCGGGGCUUAACCGUGGGGGAUCUUGAUAAGAACCCGGAACAAUGUAUGAAAUUGCGAUUUUCUAUCCUGCGCUCGGCGUGUACGUACACGGGACUCGCGGAACCAGACUGACGCUCCGCGCGGACGCCAUAAAAGCACGCUAAACACAAAUUUUCCUUGGUUUUAUCGCGCUCCUUAUGAAAUUCUCGACAACAGAUAACCCCUUGCCCUACGACUCCUUCCGUAACUGCGCUCGUUAGGACGUUAGAACUGCACUCUUAAUGGUUAACCGUUUACCGGAGAAAUAUGGCGAUUUUAUUCUCAUUCUACGUUUCCUCCGCAUUCUUAGAAGCAUACUGUAAACCUUCGAGGAAGAUUCUCUGAAGUAUACAACAGAUUCUGGCAAAUUAUCGCUUAAAUGAUAGAGGAUAAGGAAAUCCACUGAUUUCUUGCAGUUUGAGUAGUUAAGUCGCAUGUUUGUAACUUAGUAUUCUAUAAGUUUGAUCUCAACGAAAUUUACCUAGAUUUCAAAAUUGUCUCAUAUUUCAUCAUUGAUGCUCAAGCAUUUUUAUUCUUCACUAUCAAACAAGAUAAUAAUGAAAACUCUUGCUUCUAUUCCGUUAGACUAAAGGUCGGCAACCUACAGCUCUUCCAUUCUGAAUCUCUAGCCCAGAAUAAUGAAAUUCCAUCUUAAACAACUGCGAUUCGACGCUUCUUGUUUACAUUUUCGUCCUCGCAGCUCUUAAAAUCUUCCAAAUAAAUUUACAGAAACACGGCACUUCGUUGAAAAAAAAGGUUGCUGACCCCUACGCCGAGUCGUCACCCAACAGUGCGCAGUCGGCCCGGUGUGCACGCGGUUUAACGCGCGCAGCGGCGGUGACGUUAUUUUUGGAUCGCUUCGGCGACUUCGGAGAGAGAUAAACUUUUAUCAUCCCUCGAAAACGGGGACGCGGGAGCCGCGGGAGAGCGCGCGUCGCGGGAACACGGGGCAGUCGGAGGAAACCGUCGUCGGGCCGCGUUCGAGAACGCGAUUCUUCGAUCUGGCCGCGGAAAGCUAGACACGGCCGAUCCUAGAUCCCGGCGAUAAACGGAAAAAAUAGAGUCGAACGCGAGCCAACUAUCGAUUCGAAUCCGCCUCGUGCACGCUCGCAGGUGAAGACGCUAGAACAAGGUGGCAAACCGGAAGCAUGAAGACUCGGGCCUGGCACUGAAGAAACGACGCGUUAACACGUUGAACGCCGCACGAUUUCAUAGAACAAAAUGGAAAUGGAAUAAUAUAAUAUUACAUCAUUUGCUUGAACUGUGUUACUAUUGCACGCUGAUCUUGCUCAAUGUAUUCGAUAGCAUUGUUUAUAAUAUAGAAAUGUGAUAAUCGUCUUUCAAUUAAAUUAACUAUAGUAAUUCGAUUUGAUUGGGAGUCACCGACCCCCAUGGCAUUCAACGUGUUAGAGAAAUGACUAGUGAUUGAGAAAUGGUCCUUUUAGUGUCUCGUUUCACUUGUUGCCAUUUUUGAAGGUGUUGCAACGUCUUGACGCUUUGAGUACGCUAAUGAGAUGUUUGAGGAUUUUAACCCUUCGAGGACGGUUAUCGAAUUGAUGAUAUUAACAUUAGAACUAAGUAACAGUCAGAAUGACUGGUCUCGAUUUGUUUGUUUCGCAGUUACUAAUACCUUAAAAGCAUUGAAUAUUUGAAAUGAUUUUGGAAAUAGUUUCACUUGAGUACUAUGAUGAAUAUCCAAAGAAACUGAAAAUAAUCUAUUGUUACAAUUUUUAGAGAUUACAUAUCAAUCGUAUUAAACGCUCGGUAGUUCUAAUGUUAAAGUUUCAUAUCUAGAAUAUACAAUUGCGAACUAGUAACUUAAUUAUUCGAAUACACAGAGAUUAGUGUUUAGUUUCCUGUUUCUAACGUUUAAGAAUUCUAUCUUAGCUUCCCGAAGGUUUACUCUGGAAGUCCCCGUCCGGAAGAGUUAAUUAAUGUACUUGAAAUAUUAUUCAAAAAGAUAAGAGUCUGGUGACAAUUUCUCAUACCAUUUUCGAAUUUUGAAUCGUUAGUUGAAGUGUCAGCGCUAGAAGCUUCGCAAUUGAUAAAACAGAGAAUGCUUUUUCUAUGAGAAAUUGGUCAAGGAAUUUAUUCGUUACGAUUGCACGAUGCAACGAAUUCAGAUUUUCAAUCAACGAACUUCUGUGAAUUCUUAGAUUACAUCUAGCGUUCGGUGUUCCUAGCAUUAACAGACGCAGCCUCUAGACCGCGUUGCGAACAUUAUCGAGAAAGGUCAGUGUUUGAGAAUUGCCCGCCGUUAUCUCCCCGAUUCGCCCGUUGUUCGAUUCCAUCGGAAACUAGAGCGAGAAGCAUUGAAUCUGCAUGAAGUGGAGGAAUCCGGUCGAGCAGUUUCACGAAACAGAAAUCGUUAGCCGAACGGCAAAAAAAAUGAUCGCGAACACCAGAUGAUUAAUCGGAGUAAAAUCUAUUAAGUGGAACAACUUCAUUCCUGAAGACUAUCUUGCGCCAAUCCGAGUUGACUCGCAAAAGCAGCUUUCCUUUAUGGUACCGUUGAGUUUAUUAACCCUCGCCACCCGAGAGGUGACUCUCGGUCACUCGAUUUGAGUGUAACAAAAUCAUUGAGUCUCGUAUAACGCAUCAAUUCACAAAUGAAAAUAAAACACCUUCGUUCCUUAACCCUUUGCGGACGAAGAUUCUUUGAAAUGUAGGAAACCUUCAAGAGAAGAAAUAAAUCGUACAUCAAUCGCUUAAUUAAUAGAAAACGGAAACCACGUAAUCUCUUGCUGUUCAAUUAAAUCAUCUGUCUGCGACUUAGUUUUCCAAAAAUUUCGUCUCGUCUAAAUGUCGACAUUCCGCAAAGGGUUAAUCUAUACACAGUUCUAGAUGAAAAUCUUUAAACGAGAAACUUCCGAGCGCAAAUAGUUAUAUCUUUAUCUUCGAGAAUGUCGACAUUAGCGGAGAGAAUCAACAGAACCAUAAAGAAAGAUUUAGAUCUGAUGGUCACAGAAGCUUAUCGCGUUACCAGGGAACGAAGGCGUAACUCAAUCUCGAGCGAAGUGGCCCUUUUCGUAAAUCGGUUUCCCUGUUAGUGUAAUUUCUAAGAUUUCUGCAUUAUCGAGCAAGAUUCUAGGCCCGAGUCGACCCGCGCCAGCAUGGAAAAAGAAAAAGAAAGAGCUUCUCGGUUCCGCCAGGUUUAUUAUCUUACUGUAUCGCCAGCCCGAGUAUACUUCGCGAACUUGCACGCGCGCAAGGACGACGUUUUAAUUUAUGACAUUCGCCGCCUGAAACUAACGUAGGUAGUUACAUUCUGUGCUCAAGCCGCUGGCAAUCGAUAGUUCGAAACGCCUCUGUGAUGUUAGAUUCUGGCUACGGCUAUUCUUAAGUAGUCCACUGGAUCGAUGUCUCAAUUCGGAAUUUAAAUAUCUUUGUCUUUGAGUUUCUAUUAACCCCUUGCGAUCACCAGCGAGCCUCGUGACGAAGAUUUCCAGAUUUAACCCUUUGCACUCCAAGUUUUUCAUUAGAAGUACUCAACAUUUUUCAAUCAAAUACCAACGACAUUCUUUCAAACCACUGAACGAGAAAUCGCAGAUAAAUUAAAGAGACUGUUUUAUUUUAAUAUUUUACAUGUCGAUUGUACGAAGUUUAAUAUUAAAUGUCAAACUCUAUAAUUUUACUGUGUCAAAUCAAUUGGUGCCUACGGAGUGCAAAGGGUUGACAAAACUCAUUCAUUUCCCGCGGAUCAAAGCAAAAAACUAUUAUCAAUGUAUUAUCUACAAAUGAAAUUUCCACUUAAGGAACAGAACAUUUCGUCUUCUUCCAAAUUGUCGAUGGUAGAAUGCUGCACGAGCUCAGCAGCGAAAGUGAAUGCGCCAAGGGGUUAAUUAAAAUCAUUAGGACCAGUGACCACUUAGCUGCGGUACCUGUGUAUCUUAAACAAGAACUGUUUAACCCAUUCUGCCUCAGUACUUGUCUACGAGUACCAUAUAUUUGUAACAAAAGGUUCCACUACUAGUAUAUUUCUUAAAUAAACGUUCAGCGAUGUUUCCAGGGGACUUAAAUAUAUCCUGAAGAUGCGAUCGACAAGACAAAACCAGUUUACUCGACUUUUCCAAAAAAUGGGUUCAUUCGAGUAUAAUUUUUGGCGAAUGCGCAGUUCAACGGUUUUUAAUUCUAGACUAUUUAGACGUUACUGAAUUGCUAAACUAAAUCAACCGAGGUCUAGGAUAGAUCACGCUCAGCCUCGGAUUGGUUAAUUGAAUAGAAAGUCGCUAAAGUGUACGUUUACGCGAUUUUUUACGCCGCCGUUUUCGUAAGAAUGGCGGGGACAACAAAAACGAGGAUAUCAGAGAGCAGUGAACAGCGCCGGUUCCAACAGCCAUUCACCAUUCCGCGAAACUGCGUUAGUAAGGUCUUCGCACGAUAUUUUCAUCGAAUUUCACUGAUGUUGGAAUCAGUCCCAGGUCAAAACCGCAUGGCCUUCGUUCGCGCGAAACAGAAAUACAGCGGCUGCCAAAGCGAGCCGGGAAAUUAAGGGAGAGACGCUCGGGUAUUCCACGGAAAAAGAACUGCCCCCUAAAAUUACAGAAACUUUCUUACGAACGUUUCCUAAUUAGCGAAGCGAACGUUUCAUCUCGAAGACACCUAGAAGUAAAGACAGAACUCGGAGAGACCUGCGAAUUCGGGGAGUCUGAGAACCGCUGGACUGACGCGUCGAGCCAACUGAUCAUAGACACGAUCGCAUUUACCAACGCGAAAGGGAAAAUCGUUCGCGGGACCCGGACGGGUGUCUGGGCGUAUCAAAAAUCGACGAAAACUUAAUUGCGCUCGUCACGACAGCCGGCGAUGGCUGAUCGAAACUUCGAAUCGCUUCGAACGGGAUCCGACGCCCUUCGACUUUUCCACGUCAAAUGAAUUUUGAAGCCGUGCCGAGUCUCAGCGAGUCAAUGACGGUACCAGCGACCUUUAUGUCUACAAUGUAUUGCCGCAGCGAUGGCCGCCCAUAUUCGUGAAACUCGCGCAUCAUUGGAAGCGAGACCGAGACUCGGCUCCAAUUCAAGAUUGCCGAGACUUUGAGACUUUCAAGGUUCCGAGACUUCAAGAUUUUUCAGACGUUCACAGGUUGGAGGGUACUGAAUUCCAGUCGACGUGAUUCGAAUUUUGGAAACAGAUUCCUUCGAAACUGGGAUUCAUAUGGUCGUUCGAGUAGAAAUCGUGUCGACGAUCGGUUAAUCACUUCUAGGAGUGUUUGUGUACUGAUAAAAGCUGUAAAAGGAAAUUGCCUCCAGAGUAGUGUGAAGACUGAACCUUUGGUGCAGUCAUGAAGCUUCUGAGAUUUAGUUUUUCAAAUUGAAUGUUGAAGCUUUGAAGGUUCAGUCACUAAGAUUGAACUUUGGAACUUCGAAGACCUAGCUUCUAAACUUGAACUUUGGAGCUUCGAAGACCUAGCUUCUAAACUUGAAGUUUGAAGUUUCGAAUACCUAGCUCCUAAACUUAAAGCUUCGAAGACCUAGCUUCUAAACUUGAAGCUUCGAAGACCUAGUUUCUAAACUUAAACCUUGAAGCUUCGAAGACCUAUCCUUCAAACUUAAACCUUAAACCUUUGAAGCCUCGUCCUUUCAAAUUAAACCUUGAAGCUUCAAAGACCUAUCCUCUAAACUUGAACCCUGAAACUUCGAAGCUUUAUCCUCUCGGAUUAAACUUUGAAACUUCAAAGCUUCAUCCUUUCGGAUUAAACCUUGAAGCUUCAAAGCUUCAUCCUUUCAGAUUAAACCUUAAAGCCUCAAGGACUCGACCAGUUCACAACGCUAUCGGAAUGAUACUGAAAUCGGACCGAGCGGUUAAUCGUUACCGUUGUUAGGUAAAUGAAUUAGCUGGCGACAGAUGUACUUUAUCAGCUCGACCGGGAGCUGGCAGGCAGGCUGAAAUAAUGCGCGCGCGCGAGCGAGCUAGCGUUCAGGAAGACGAACUCGUUUGUCCGUGCGUCACCGAGGCGAGAGACCAGGCGAGACGCGCGCGCUCGCGCUAUAUUUUGUUACCUUAGAUGUAUAUAACGUAACAAUAUCUGUGUCGAUGAUCUGAAGUUCCUCUGCGUGAUAAACACCGGCUAAUCCCGGAGUUUUCGAAAGCUUUCCGCAGUAUUGGUAUUUUCCCCCUUUGGAUUUUGGGUCUGACAGUGGCUCAAAGUUUUGCGAUCGCUCGCAGCCGCUCGCGAGACGGCUAGCACGGCCACGGGAUAAGGGAAGGUUGAUUUUGAACCUGUUACUCGAGCGACUUAGCGAGACAUGGAUAUUAAACACGAAUAACAUUGGACUAAUAAAAAAUGAUACUCAUAUAACAACUAUUUUCAUUGGUAUCAUUCUCUAUUUUCAUUCAUCACUUAGACACUCGACUUUGUUAACUGUCGUUCAAUGAUUAGACCAAACGCUCGCGAUAAUUAAUGACGAAGAAUUUUAAGAGUCACCGCGAUGAAAGGUGUCGCGAUAAAUGAAAUCAAGUUAAUUCACGCUACUGCAGAUAGUAUGAUGUCAUGGGUGUCAUUAAUCUUUUACACUGUUAAACGCAUAUGUAACUUCUGGCGUUUCCUUGUCUCGCAGGAACAUGUAAAUUUUAUAUAGAACUUGAUCAUAAUUUUGCUAGUUUCACGAGGAAAGGGCAAGUGUCAUUAUUACACGACAGAAGUGGCAGGCUUAGACGAUUAAACGGAAAAAACGUGUUUAACUGACAAGUCAACUUGUCCUGCUCGAUUAACAGGUUAAGGCGGAUCCCACGGUAGCAACAAUUUCUGCCGGAGAGCUAGCCGCGGUGAUGCUCGCGUGUCAACCGUUCGGUUGUUAAAAUCAGAUGUAAUUGCGAUGAAAGGGAACGUUGAAACAAUUCCUGAUAUCCAAUUACCUCAACAAUGACCGCGAAUGACGGUUUGAAAUAACGCCGAACAAUAUGUCGGUCUCGCGUGUCCAGCGACGGGGAUCAAAUCGAAUUUUAAAUAUUCUUU